AUGACCCGGGUUGCCCAAUUCCAUGAAGAUAUCCAACUCUUGCCUUUCCGCAAACAGGAGCUUGAGGAUCGAGUCAUGCAAGGUCAUUCCCUAUCUCCAGAAGAAGAGCAGACUAUGGUAGAUAUCCAGGCUAUCCAGAAUUUUGUCGAUGUUGAGAAUGCGACCCAACUGAGUCCCUUUGGCUUGACGCAGCUCACGACCCAAUUGGCACCCGGGUCAGUCUCAAUCUUUUUCCGCAAUGACCAUUUCUCGACGCUCUACAAACACCCACAAUCACACCAACUAUUCACAUUAGUCACUGAUGCUGGCUACGCCAAUCACGCGGAGGUUGUCUGGGAAUCUUUGGUCGAUGUGACGGGCUUCAACUCUGAGUUUCUCGCGGGUGACUUCCGUGCUGUCAGCCACGGUCCAUCUGAAUCGGCAGAUCCGCCGGAUCCAGCUGGUCCACGAACGUCCAGUGCUGCUGCAACAAGCACUUUCGCUUCAGCCGAAUCCCCGGAGGGUGAAUUAUCAUCGCAAGAGCAGAGCGAUGCGGAUUAUGCCUAUGCCCUUUCACUGCAGUUUCAGGAAGAGGAACAAGGGGAACAGACCGGGAGUCAAGCAGCUAGCCCGUCGGGAGACCGGAGAGAGAGCCAGCAAGGAAAUCAACCUCCGCGUGGAAUUCGUUCGUCGGGCCCCGUCCGGACAAGCCAAGGGUCCAGCCCUCGUCUUUCAAAUCCACCCACUCGAACCUCGUCGCGAUUCACACAGCCACAUAGCGAUCCCGACCCGGAUGAUCCAAAUGCUCCUCCACCACCUUAUGAACCAGCCACCGCCUCAGCUACAGGGCCUCGAUACUCUCCGCCGGACCCAAGACCUCGGCAUGGCGGUAGUCAAGGAGAUAGGUACGCAGCAAACCGUUACUCGGCUCAACACCCCCUGAUCGACCGAUCAAUACCAAUCGUUAUAGCACAAGUGGGAGGAACAAGGAUUGCAUCAUGA